AAGCAUUGAACAAACCUGGACUUAACGUUGCACAUGUUGCAUAUUGGAUUUGUAAAUCCAGUCGCAUCAUGGGAAAGAAGAAAGCUGAUAAAAAGGGUAAAGGGAAGGAAAAGACAGCUUUAAAAACAGAGAAGAAGGCAGAGAGAAAGGCUAAAAAGGAGUUGGCAAAGAAAGGAGAGGAUGACAUCGAAACAUUGAUUGCACAAUUCCAUGCAAAAGACCAAGAAAAGACAAAAUAUGUUGAGGAAAAGUGUGACCCACCUUCAGAAAGAUCAAACAUGACCUUGACCCCUCAUCCAGACAAAGAGGAACUGAUUAUGUUUGGUGGGGAGUUUCUGACAGGAAGCAAGAUGUACAUGUACAAUGAUCUGUUUUUCUACAAUAUCAAGAAGAAUGAGUGGACCAAAGUAACUGCACCCAAUGCCCCUCCUCCUAGGAGCUCUCACCAGGCAGUGGCUCUGAGACAACAUGGGGGACAGCUGUGGAUAUUUGGGGGAGAGUUUGCCAGCCCCACACAGUCUCAGUUCUAUCACUACAAGGAGCUCUGGGUCUACCACAUCAAGAACAAAUACUGGGAGAGAAUCAAUUCUCCAGGUGGUCCCUCCAGCAGAAGCGGUCACAGGAUGGUCCAGUGUAAGAAACUCCUCAUCGUGUUUGGUGGUUUCCAUGACAACACCCGAGAUUACAAGUACUUCAAUGACAUCUAUGCCUUCAAUGUGGAGAACUACACCUGGACCAAGUUAGACGUUAGUGGAACCCCCCCUGCUCCGCGGUCGGGGUGUAUCAUGGCCGCCAUGCCGGACAGUUACAGGGUGACGGUGUAUGGGGGAUACAGCAAGGAGAAGGUCAAGAGGGACGUAGACAAGGGCACCACUCACGUCGACAUGACAACACUGAUGCCUGAAGGAAAGGUCAAAGACGACACCAUCCCUGCUAAGUGGAAAUGGGUCAACGCCAAGCAGUCCGGGGCUCGGCCCUCUCCCAGAUGUGGAUUGUCCUGUGCAGUAGCUCCUGGCAACAGGGCAUUCUGUUUUGGUGGUGUGUUUGAUGAGGAAGAAGAUGAAGAACAGUUAGAGGGAAAAUUUUUCUGUGAACUUUAUCUAUUAGAUAUGGAGAAAAACAGAUGGUAUUUGGUGAAUUUAAGAGGCAAGCGAGAAUCAACUGAAAAGAAGAAAAGAAGGCGGAAAAAGGAAGAUGGAGCAGAAAAUGAGGAUGGGAUGGAAGAGGAAAUGGAGGAUUUUGAAGAUGAAGAAGAAGAUGGAGGAGGAGAUGAGGCCAUGGAAGUUACCACAGAGAAAGUAGGAAACAUGAACAUUGAAGGAGCAGAAGACACAGAAAUGUCAGAGGGAGCCACCAAUACCUUGUUCGAUGAUGGUGUGUUCCAGGUCAAAAUAGGACCAGCUCUUGGAUCAACCUCUGGAGAAGGAACGGGGGAGGGAGGUCAGGCAGUGCAGGUGUUCCAGCCCCAUGCCAGGAUGGGCACUCUGAUGGCUGUCAAGAACGGAGUGCUCUUCCUAUAUGGUGGAAUGUUUGAGAGGGGAGAUAAACAAUUCACAUUCAAAGACUUUUACUCAUUAGAUCUAAACAAAAUGGAGGAAUGGAAUGUUCUGAUAGAAAAUGAUGAGUCAAAACUGGUAUGGGAUGACUCUGGUUCUUCGGAUGAAGAAAUGGAAGCGUGCGGUGGAGAAGAUGAGGAAGAGGAAUCAUCGGAUGAUGAUGAUGAUAUUGACGACAUCCUGGAAGGUUGUGAAGUGCCAAAUAAGAAUGAUGAAGAAACUAUGGAGGAGUAUUUCGAAAGGACAAAAGACUUUUGGAUUGAACAAUCCAAAAAAUACUUCGAAAAUGAGGAAAUGCGAGUUACAACCAGAACUGUUACUAAGUUUGCUAAGGAAAUGUGUGCAGAAUAUGUCAAGAGGUGAACAGAAUUCUGGGAAUAUGGGGGAAACUUUUGGUGCAAUAAAGUACUCUGUUAGCUCUGAGUCCGUUUGUAGACGUAAAUUUAGCUUGAUGCUGUAUGUCAUGCUGUACGUUAUACAUUAUAAAAGAAUAUGGCUGCAAAUGUGGGUUGUUUUUUCCUUGAUUUUUUUAUAAAUGCAAAAUGACACAAGGAAGGCUUGAUUGAUUCUUUCAUUGUUUAUACAAAAGUAUGAAAGUUAUACAGAAUGUGCAUAAGCAAACACAUACAUCCAAAUCAGUUAUUAUUUACAAAUAAAUGUAUUUCAAACAGUAUGUACGUGUAUCAAAUUAAUGUUGCAUGAUUAACAAUAAAUUCAACUGAUUUUAAUAAACUAUUACAAAGCAUAUACUAGUAUAAACAAUAUUCAAUAAAUUUUCACAACAAAAAAAACAUUUACAAUUACAUGUUAUAUUAAAACAAAACAUCUCUUUGUUUGGCAUAAUGACACAGACAUCAAAAUUAGAAACAUGAGGUUCUUAAUUUGCUCUCUGGGAAAUCUUAUUUAUUCUAGUUGGAACCCAGUGGGUAUUACUGUAUGAAUUUUAUUUUUGAAAUGAAUAUAUAAGGCAAACAUUUGUUUGAUUUAAAAAAAAAAUCCAAUGUUGAAUAUCUACCGUAAUUAAAGACAUUUAAAUGCUCUUGUACACCAUUUCUAGCCACUGUUGUAUAUGAUGAGUGUAACUAUACAAAUAGAGAAACUUGUAAAGUAGGCCCAUUCAAAAGCUGUAAAUUGUCCAUUAAUAUGAAAAAUGUAAUGGGCAUGCACAAGAGCAUUUCACACACUGAAAUACAUGUAUCCUUUGAUGUAAAAAAUGUUGAAUAAUAUUCGUAUUAUAUUAUUUUAAAAGAUGUACAAUUGACAUAAAAGGGAGACUAAGGGGACAGACCAUUUGAAUCUAUGAAAGGGGACACAACCUCUGCAUACCAACAAUUUAUGGGACAUGUAUUCCUUGAUUCCCUACUGAAUUCUAUACAGAUAUCAUUACAAUUCAUAUUUUCUCAUCAAUUUCACAUAUACACAGAAAUAUGGUACCCGGUAUAUAUUCCACAGGUAGAUCAAAGAUUAAUAUCCAAAUUGCAUGUACAUGUAGAUACACAAUUUGACAACAAUGCCACUCCCUAUUAAAAUACAGGUAUUUUAUUGGGGUGAAAGUAAGAGAAGGAAACUUGAGUAAAUGAAUUUUAGAAAAUAUUAUCAAACUGUAUUGAAGAUUUGUUAUUGCACAUAUUUUUCAGACCCACAUAACAAGUACAUUUGUACUGGUAAUGAAGUUGGUUGAACAUGCAAAGAUAUUACUUUAAAAAAAAAAAAAGAUUUAUAAAAUGAGAUUGUCUAUGAUUACACAGGGAGUAUUUGUCAUCAGGUAUAAUGUAAUAAAAAGAUGUUAAAAAUCCCUGAAUUAAAAGUAUUGGUUGCAUAUACAUGUAAGACCUGUCAAGAAUGUACAGUAAAAUAUUCCACAAUGCAUUUAGUUAGGCAAUAUAAACAUAGAAAAAAUACAUCUUGCAUAAAGCUUUUGAUGUGCAAUAAAAGUUUGUUAAUAGA